AGAAAAAGUUGUAUAGUUGUAGGCUUUUUUGGCAGAGUAGAAUCACUUGUUUGAGAAGUAAAGAUUUCGUUUUUACCAAUACAAUUUCAGAGAGAAGCCUUAGAAAAAUCCAAGGAGCUUUGGUAGGAUUGCUUUUUGGGAAAUGGGAGUUUGAGAAUUUUGAGUCUCUCCUCUUUUACUUCCUUCUUGUUAUAAAGCUAUCAUGAUAUGGACCAAAUAAUCAAACACCAAUUAUUCUAAUCCUCUGUUUUUGUCUGCUCCCUCUGUCUCUUUCUCUUUCAGACUUUCACUGCCUCAUUUAUACAAACACUUGGUGUGCCGCUGGAAAAUGACGAGUAAAUUCUUCUGUUUUGUCUUAAUUAUAUUUGCACUUUGUUUAAUCUCUGUUAGAAGCAGGCCUUUGGCACCAAAUCUCCACUCUUUGCAGAACAAACUGAGUACAAAUGAGGGAAACAUGAGCAAUGAAGGACAAGGACAAGUGAAAGAAACAGAGGAAUAUACUGAUAUGAAUAAAGAAGAGAAGAAAAUGAUAGGAUCAAGUCCACCGAGUUGUGAGCACAAAUGCUAUGGAUGUAUGCCGUGUGAAGCCAUACAAGUGCCAACCAACACAGGUCGAGUGGGAGUUCAGUACACUAACUAUGAGCCAGAAGGCUGGAAAUGCAAGUGUGGCCCUGCAUUUUACACUCCUUAGAUUACUGGUUGGGUUCAUUAAAACCUUAGACCAUCUCUAAUUUAUAGCUACUAGUAGUCGAUUGAUAGUACAAAGAGAGAGCUAGUUAUUGUUGAUUUUAGUCCUAUGUCACGUUGGAAUUAUUUUUUUGUUGUAUGAGUUAUGACUUAAAGAGUGUGUAUAGUGGCUUUAAGAAAUUUUGUUGAUGUUAGUAAUAGUUGUGUAGAAAAGAAAGAGUAAUGCAUUUUUCAUUGACGGUUUAAAUUUAUUCCCAAACCAGGCUGCUGUUCUCACACUGGGUUGAAGG